UUAAACAAAAUAAAAAAUGAGAGUUUGACACCUGUCAACAGUUUCAAAUUAUUGUUAUUUUUACUGUUGUUUCGCAAAAUUUAAACAUAGUAUUACUCGUAGUGUCCUCAAAAAUUGCUAUUUUGUGUCUUUCCGGGGUGUGUGAGCCCCUACUUUUAGGUUAGAUGUGUGCUAACUUGACCAGUUUUGCUUGUUGGUCGGCAGUAGAACCCCCUGAAAAUCCUCUCCCGAGUUACCCUAUCCUGCCUGAUAGCCCUAAAAGUAAGUUCCUUCGCCAGUCGAUGUUUUUCUUUAAACAGGAGUUUUUUCCUGAAAAGUCUGAUGAGGCCCCCUCUGAGGUGAAAGUGAAAGCGCGGCCCUAUUCGUGUGACGAGUGCGGUAAAUCGUUUCUUUUGAAACACCACUUGACUACACAUGCGAGGACUCAUACGGGGCUUCGCCCCCAUGUUUGUAGCCAUUGCGGGAAGAGUUUUACUCAUAAACAUUGUCUUAAUACUCAUUUGUUGUUGCAUUCGAGUGAGAGGCCGUUUCAGUGCGUAGAGUGCAAGAAAAGUUUCACUUUGAAGCACCAUUUGAUAACGCAUACGAAGGUGCACAGUCGCGAAAAACCCUACAUUUGCACGGAAUGUGGGCAGGCUUUCCCUGUGAAAAGGCAUUUGACAACUCAUAGUAAGUUCCACGCAGGGGAGAGGCCCUACAUUUGUGAGGAUUGUGGCGAGUCUUUUGCCCAAAAAGACCACUUGGUCAUGCAUUCGCGUUUUCACGGAUCGCUCAAUUCGUUUGUUUGCAGCGACUGUGGGGCCACUUUCACCCGAAAAUUCGAGCUGGUCAACCACGGGAGACUCCACGGCAAGCAGCCCCACAGUUGUGUCAUUUGCAAUAAAGAAUUUUUCCAAAAACGUACUCUUAUAGCGCAUAUGAAGUGUCAUAGUAACGGUUUUCCAUUUUCUUGUUCGCAUUGUGGUGAAACGUUUCAAUCAAAAUGUAAUUUAUUAACACAUUUUAAAUCAAACCAUUCUCAAUCACAAGGCAAACAAAUGUGUAACGAUUGUGGUUGCUUAUUUAACACUUCUGAAGCCUUGGCGUUGCAUGUGAAGCUUCACUCUGGAGGCGAUUUAUGUGUCUUGAAAAGUUUUUCAGUACAAAACUCGAAUAAUUCAAAAAGUUAUGUUUGUCAGCAUUGUAACAAAGGCUACAGUGCCAAACAUGGGUUACAGCAACAUAGCAAAAAACACCCAGAUGGUAGCUGUGCCUUAAGGUCGCAUAUUUGUAACGUUUGUAACAAAGGUUUUUUCCAAAAGAAUCACUUAUUGUUACAUCAGCGCCAACAUAUGUCAAAAACUGAAAAACUGUAAUUCUGUGAUUGUCUCACCUAACAUGUUGCUGUGUUUUUAUACUUUAAUUUAUUAAUCGCCUGUGUAGUUAUUAAUUAUUAUUUAUGUAAACUAGACUUUAGUAAGAGCGAUACCUAAUUUAAACAACAAACUGUUUGUCUUAUCUACGAAAUAAACAAUAAACAGAAUUAAGAGUAUUUUCAGGACCGGACUUGUUCUAACUAGGAAAAACAAUGUUUAACAACAUUAAGGAAGCAUUAAAAUUGCGUCUAAUUAACUCGCAGUGUUAACAUUCAGGUCAGGUAAUUGCGGUGAAAAAGCAUACAAAGUACAAGUCGUAGUUGAUUUACAUAAAUUUAACAUUUUUACCUUGAAUUUAAUUACCAGCUUGUUUUUGGCCAAACACCGGUUUUAUUUAUUUGCGUAAACCGUUAUUAUAUAAUUGAGUUUAGUGAAAUGUCUGCAAAAAAUUAUUCCUUGCGGAAAGAGAAAUGUAUUACUGGUUGCAGGACUAUGAGAUUAGAAGGGGGCGUAAAAAUUACGCGAU